AUGGCCAAGAAAGGUGAAGAAGAAUUUUCAUGUAAGAUGUUCAGCAACAAGUUCUUCAUCCUGUGCGCCGUCGGAGGUUCAGUUGCGUGCGGUACUACACACACCUUCGUGACGCCGCUCGACCUGGUCAAGUGCCGGCUGCAGGUGGACCCCCAAAAGUACAAGUCCAUCGCAACAGGUUUCGUUGUGUCCUACAGAGAUGGCGGGGCCGCAAAUCUCGUGAAAGGCUGGGCGCCCACUUUUUUUGGGUAUUCAAUACAGGGGGCCUUGAAGUUCGCUGGAUACGAAUACUUCAAGUAUAAGUAUUCCAAUAUGGUCGACCUAGAAUCCGCUUACCUAUACAGAACGUACCUGUACUUGGCAGCUGCAGCUUCUGCCGAAUUUGUUGCCGAUAUUUUCCUGGCACCACUUGAAGCCACUAAGGUACGGAUGCAGACAACGCCUGGCUAUACAUCAAUGAUGAGGAAGGCCAUGCCGCACAUGCUCAGCACAGAAGGUAUAGGAACAUUCUAUAAGGGACUCCCACCGCUGUGGGGACGACAGGUGCCCUACACGAUGAUGAAGUUUGCUUCAUUUGAAAAAACUUUGGAGCUAUUGUACGAAAAAGUUGUGCCAAAGCCCAGGGCCCAAUGUACGAAGGUGGAACAGUUGAUAGUAACAUUCACUGCCGGGUACAUUGCAGGUGUUCUGUGCGCGAUAGUAUCACAUCCCUCUGAUACGCUCGUCUCCAAGUUGAAUAAGGACCCUGGCUCCAGCGUCGGCAGUAUUAUUAGAGAUGUGGGGUUCAUGGGCAUCUGGCGCGGCCUGGUUGCGCGUAUCAUUAUGAUCGGUACGCUCACAGGCCUGCAGUGGUUUGUGUACGACGCUUUCAAGGUGUAUACCAAAAUGCCUCGUCCUCCACCUCCAGACAUGCCAGAGUCGCUCAGAAAGAGAUUAGAGGAAGAAGAGAAGAAGAAAAAGAAAUGA